AUGAAGCGAGAAUCGGAAGAUGAGCAGGGUGUGCGACGGCGACAGAUCCCCAUGAGCACCUCCAGCCCUGAUGAAACCUCCUACAGCAUAGUGGGCAAGGGCCGAUCCGUCUCCACGUCCUCACUCGCUGAUGGCGAUGCGGACAAUGGCUUGUUGUCACCACGAAAACUGAAGAACAAGCGCAAGCGCCACCACUCGAUGCUCAAGCUUUGGCCGCACGAGCCAGAACCGUUCCUCGAGGAGACCGGCAGCCCUUUCUCCUUCCUCUACAAAUCCCACACGAUCACCGGUCUCGCCAUCACCGGACUAUUUAUUCUCUACCACUCGUUCUUGCGCGCUCCCUCCCCCGAUCCCCUGGACGAAAUCAAAGUGUACGCUCUCUCGCUGUGCAUUCCAGCCAUGUCGCGGGACUAA